UUCUCUUCUCUUCGCUCUCAGAAACACAAACAAUUGCAUUCAAUUCUUCCUGUAAGAGAUGAUUCUAAGUGGGGUUCACUUAGCACAGAGGCGGCUCUUCCCGUCGCUUUCUCGCCGGAGGCAACCCUUUGCUACAGCCACAAGAAUGGUCUCAACUACCAGCAACAACAAAGAGAAGAAAGAGAAGGUGAUAGUGAUAUCUGGGCCUACAGGGGCUGGUAAGAGCAGGCUUGCUUUGGAGCUUGCCAAGCGUCUUAAUGGUGAAAUCAUAAAUGCAGACUCUGUCCAGGUUUACCGUGGUCUAGAUAUUGGGUCUGCAAAGCCUCCCCUGAGUGACAGAAAGGAAGUGCCACACCAUCUGGUAGACAUAUUGGAUCCAUUUGAAGACUAUUCUGUAGGACAAUUUUUUGAGGAUGCCAGGCAAGCAACAAGAGAUGUUCUUGACGGUGGCCAUGUUCCUAUAGUCACAGGUGGAACUGGCUUGUAUUUACGAUGGUUUGUAUAUGGAAAACCAGAUGUUCCAAAAGCUUCUACAGAAAUUGCAGCUAAAGUACAUGCAGAGAUAGCAGAUUUUGAGAGAGAUGGGGAAUGGGAUGCUGCUGUGGAAAUGGUGGUUAAGGCAGGAGAUCCAAAAGCUAGGUCAUUGCCUGUCAACAACUGGUAUCGAUUGCGUCGCAGCCUUGAGAUAAUCAAGUCUACUGGAUCACCUCCAUCUGCCUUUCAUAUACCAUAUGAUUCUUUCAAACAAAAAUUUGAUUCAAGUGGAACAAAUGAUUCUCACAACUUGAACCCUUCUCGUGUUGUACCUGAGCAAGUUACCGCAAAGGAAUUGGACUAUGAGUUCAUUUGUUUCUUCCUCUCAAGCCCCAGACUUGAUCUGUAUAGAUUAAUUGACUUAAGGUGUGAAGAAAUGCUUACAGUAGGAACAGAUGGGAUCUUGUCUGAAGCUAGAUGGCUUCUUGAUCUUGGGCUUAGUCCAAAUUCAAACUCAGCAACCCGAGCAAUUGGUUACAGACAUGCUAUGGAAUACCUGGUAAGAUGUAGGGAACAAAGGGGUGAAAGCUCAACAAGAGAGUUCCAUGCUUUUUUAUCAGAGUUUCAGAAGGCUUCUAGGAAUUUUGCGAAAAGGCAACUUACAUGGUUUCGUAAUGAGGAAAUCUAUCACUGGCUCAAUGCUUCUAGACCCCUGGAGGAGGUUCUUAACUUCAUUUGUGAUGCAUACCAUGCUAAGACUGGAACUUUGUCUGUACCUCAAUCACUUCAAAUGAAGAAAGACAUAUCAAACCGCCAUGAAGUUUCCAAACUGAAGGCAUACCGUCCCAAAAACAGGCAUUUUAUAUACCAUGAAGACUAUUCUGAUAUUCUGGACUGGAUAAGGCAAACUCAAGCGUCAAGCAAUGGACUGGCUUCAAUUUGACAUGGCUUCUCUCUUUGAACAUCCGAAACUGUAUAUCAGCAGAGAUAGUGAAGCCUCAGUUGUUCAUUGUUUGAGAAGUCAUCUUUGGGAACCAGAGAGAAUGUUGAUUUUGUACACAGAAACACAGGCAUGGAUGCAUUUCUUCACACAUUUUUUUUUUCUGGUAUAAUGGGAUAGUUGGGAAAUGCUAUUCCUAUUAGAGCCUGGUUUCGAUCCUGAGACCUCUGUGUUACGGACCCACCACGCUUUCGUUGCAGCACUUUGAUGAUUGUUGCCUUUAAUUCAAUUUUUAGGUUUAACUCUUUAUGAAUGUAAUAUGGAUAGAAAAAUGUGUUUUAUAGUUUGAACAUUUUGUAAACUGUAAAAUAGUGAAUAUACAUAUAGAAACUUU